GACCGAAUCCACCGAUCUACCCAUCCGAUUUCGGUGCCCUGCCCCGUUUCAUCUGGCAUAUUCCAGUCCAGCUAACAUCAACAGCAGCCGCAGAAACAAUAACCAAUACCAAAAACCCAAUACCCAAUGCUCAAGGAAAAAACACAAUAAAACAAUCAGAAAUCAACUACAGGCGAAAUGUGCGGAGAAACAAAAAGAAAAUUGAAGACGACGACACGAGCGUAAAUCUUUUUAGCAUGAAAAAAUUCUAUAAAACUAACAGGCACUGUGUGGUCGGACAUCAUUCGUGCGCUACGACGGCAGACGACAGCCGCAGAUACAGAUACCGAUACGGAUACAGAUACAGAUACAGAGAUACAUAUAGCCGGUCGGACGGACAGGCCCUGAUUGAUUGAUUGCCGAACCCGGACCCCAACUCCUGCCCAAAAAUCAAAAUCACAUCAAAAACCACAUAGCCAAACCGAAAACCAAACCCAAACCCAGACUCGCGACUCGAAACUGAAAUUGAAAAUCAAAGUGCUCUCUCUUCUCUCUGCAGACAAGUAUCUGCAACAGCAUCUAAACGUAUCCCAGUAUCCAUAUCUAACAGCGGUCAGCAUCCCAAUUCCAAUUCCAAUCCCAAUCCCAGCGGACAACGUCCAGCCAUCAGCCAUCAAUCAGUCAAACCGAGUCACCGCGUCAGUUAGUCAAUUCAAUCGACUAGCCCACUCGACUUCUGCUUCAGGCUGGAGGAUAUCUUCCAUUGUCGGCGCUUUAGUUUCAGUUGGCAUUUGGACGCGUGCUGUGCGGCCUCGCCGAUAGAGAGAGUCGGAUCGGAACGGACCGGAAUAUACAGUUCUCAGUUGUCAGUUCAAAACUCUGAAUCAGAAUCGAAAUCGUGCGCGAAUUAAUCUACAGCGUAUCAAGAACCAAAACAGUGGCGAACACACGUGUCUGAAGUUCAGUGACAAGCCCCAAAUCAGGCGACUAUAUAUUCCGUUAAUAUAUAUAUAUAUAUAUAUAUAUAUACAGAAAAUCGUUAAACACUUUUAAUCAACUAGAAACCAAGCGCAGGCACGGCAUAAUUAAUUCGUCUGACCCGGAAAGUUCAUUAAAAGAAAAGCAAAUACGUUUGUGCAAAGUGUGCUCCAUCUCUCCAUCUAUAAGGUGCAAAAUACUUCAGUAAAUCGGAAGUCUUAAAUAACUACUAGCAACAUGAAGCUGUCUGCAGUAUUGUUGGCAUUGGCGCUGUUUGCCUUCUCCCUGGUCCAGUGCCUCGGCCUGCCCGAUCCCAGUGCCAAGUGCGUCAUGGAUUGCGACACGCAGGAGUACAAACAUAUUUGUGCUGCGGACGACAAGGGCUCCACCAAGACCUAUCGCAAUCUGUGCGUGAUGAAGACGGAGAAUUGCCUGCAGAAUGCAAACUUUCAAAAGAUCAGCGACAAGGAGUGCCCGUAGAUAGAGCUAUGAAUUGAUUGAUCAGUAGUCCAGCAGAAAUAACUUAAUCAUGGAGGAGAACGAGUGGACGCGGCUUGGCAUUCCGGAGGACUCUUCUUUCUCGCGUGGUAUUUGUGUGUGAUAUUUUUAAGUUGUACUUCAGCGGAAUACAGAACACGCCCAGAACGUAAUGCAUAAUGAUAAUGUAUUCUAAAAUUAUUAAUAAUAAAUAUUAAAUAAAGUAAUCGUAGCACGCAAA